UCCAGCGCAUUGGAGAGGAGUUUCACACACACUCAGAGAAAGUCAUUCCUGCUGUGGUAGAGUGUUGCACCUUCAGUUUGGAUAAAGUUUUAGCUGAAGUCCUGAUACACUGUCAGACGGUAAAAAAGAGUCCAUCAGUCGUGCGUAAAGUUUAGCGACCGUGUUUGGAUGAUGUGGCAGAGCUGUUGUUUGGUGCUGGUGUGCGCGGUGGUGGUGAGCGCGCAGUUCCCCAGAGAGUGUGUGACACCUGAGGGGCUCCGGAGCGGGACGUGCUGCCCCUCGCCAUCCGGACUCAACGACGACCCGUGUGGGUCCGGUACGGGCCGCGGAGAGUGCGUGGCCAUCGCAGUGGACGCAAGGCCGCAUGGCCCUCAGUAUCCGCACGACGGGAGGGAUGACCGGGAGCGAUGGCCCAUCCGGUUCUUCAACCAGACGUGUCGGUGUAACGGGAACUUUAGCGGGUCUAACUGCGGCCGCUGCAGGCACGGCUGGACCGGAGCCAUCUGCGACCAGCGGGUCUCUGUCGUGAGGAGAAACGUGAUGGGGCUCAGCACAGAGGAGAAGCGUGCCUUUGUGGAUGCUCUGGAUCAGGCCAAGCGCACCGUGCACCCCGACUUGGUGAUCGCCACUCGGAGAACCCCGGAGAUCUUCGGGCCGGACGGACUCACCCCGCAGUUUGAGAACAUUACCAUCUACAACUACUUUGUGUGGUCGCACUACUUCUCCGUCAGCAAGACCUUCCUGGGCGCGGGUCAGGCCAGCUUUGGGGGUGUGGACUUUUCUCACGAGGGGCCGGGCUUUGUCACGUGGCACCGGUUCCACCUGCUGCAGCUGGAGCGAGACAUGCAGGACAUGCUGCAGGACCCGUCCUUCGCCCUGCCCUACUGGAACUUUGCCAUCGGGGGGAGCACAUGUGACAUCUGCACAGACGACCUGAUGGGGGCGAGGAGCAGCUUCGACAUGAACUCCCUGAGCACCAAUUCCAUCUUCUCCCAGUGGAGGGUGAUCUGUGAGAGCGUGGAGGACUACGACACGCUGGGAACCAUCUGCAACAACACUGAGAGCACCCCCAUCAGGAGGAACCCUGCAGGGAACGUGAACCGGCCGAUGGUGCAGCGCCUCCCCGAGCCCCAGGAUGUGGCCGACUGUCUGCAGGUCAACGCCUUCGACACGCCGCCGUAUUACUCCACCUCCUCCGAGAGCUUCAGGAACACCAUCGAAGGCUACAGUGCCCCCAAGGGGAACUACGACCCCGCGGUGAGGAGCCUGCACAACCUGGCCCACCUGUUCCUGAACGGGACGGGCGGGCAGACCCACCUCUCCCCCAACGACCCCAUCUUCGUGCUGCUGCACACCUUCACCGACGCCAUCUUUGACGAGUGGCUGAGGAGACACAGUCCAGAUUCCACACUGUAUCCUGAGGAGAAUGCCCCCAUCGGUCACAACGGGGGCUACAACAUGGUGCCUUUCUGGCCCCCGGUUACAAACGCAGAGAUGUUUCUGACAGCCCCUGAAAACCUGGGAUAUUCAUAUGAAGCCGAGUGGCCAGCUCAAGCUUUCACAAUGACCGAAAUCAUCACAAUGGGGAUAGUAUCCGCCCUUGUGCUGGUUGCGGUUGUUUUUGCCGCCACAACGUGUGCCGUGCGAGCAAAGUCAUACAAGAUGGAGGGCCGCCAGCCUCUGCUCUCAGACCAGUACCAGCGCUACGACGACGAGAAGAGCCAAUCAGUAGUUUAGAUCCUAGUCUCUCUUUUCUGUACAGAGACACAGCUGGGCAGACGGCUUGAUCUGCAGAUUCCUCAAAGUGACAGGAAGUAAUCUCUUGGGAACAUUCAUAUCUCAAAAACAAAGCUGGUGUAGUUCAUUCUGAUUUACACAUAUGCCAUUUUUUUAUUUUAUGAAAAGGUCAAUGUAUAUAUUGACCGUUAUGCGGAAUAUGGUUUUGCAGAGUUUGCAAUGAAUCUUUAAAAUGUUUCAGAUUUUGGAAAAGCUGAAAAUGACAUGACACAGAGCCAUUAUCCCCACAAGGGGGCGUAAUAGUUCAACCUUACUCUGUAUUUAUGUAGGAGAGAAAGAUAGGAGUUUUUUUUUAUUAUUAUGUUUUUAAGUAAAUUGAUCCCACAAUUGAAUUCAUUUAUGAACUUUCAGAGAAAGCAGGGGUGUUGAUUCAGAGGAAUUCAGAGUCAACAGAUACAGCUUUUUAUCUCUAAUUUGAAAACAAAAUAAUCCAUAUGAUGUGGUCCUUAAUGCUUUUCUGUUUUUACAUGUAUACUGUUGCUGGAUCUGAGUGCAUGCCAAAUUAUUUAAAUGAUUAAACUGUACGUCCACAUA